AUGACGCAGCGCUCCAACCGCCAGAAACCUCCGAGGAGGAGAAGAAGAAGAAGCGUCGCGGGGCUCGUGGCUGUUGAAGCUUCGCGGGAAACGUCAAACACAAACCAGCGCUGAUGGCCUCACGUGCAGCUUCGCCUCAACUCUAACGGACCUCACCUGUCGGACACACACCUGGCCGCUGUGCGCGCGCACGCUGCUACAUCUCUCACCAGACUGCACGCGCUCUAACGUUAGCUAGCUGCUCUGUAGCUCCAGGCUAACGGGGCGCUAAUCGGCUAGCUUCGCACUAACCUGCGCUGCCCGGUUUUACCCGAGAACCAGCCGCUCUGAGGACCCGUUGGCCCGGACAGAGAUGGCGGAGAGACCCGAAGACCUGAACCUGCCCAACGCCGUCAUCACCCGGAUCAUCAAGGAGGCGCUCCCAGACGGGGUGAACGUGUCCAAGGAGGCGAGGAGAGCCAUCUCUCAGGCAGCCAGCGUGUUCGUCCUGUACGCCACCUCCUGUGCCAAUAAUUUUGCCAUGAAGGCCAAAAGGAAAACUCUGAAUGCCGGCGACGUGCUGGCGGCGAUGGAGGAGAUGGAGUUCGAACGGUUCCUGGAGCCGCUCAGAGAAGCUCUGGAAGUGUACAAAAAGGGCCAGAAGGGGAAGAAGGAGGUUUCAGAGCAGAAACGCAAAGACAAAGAGAAGAAGGUCGACUCGGAGAACGACAAGAGCCGAGAGGAGGAGGACGAGGAGGAGGACGAGGAGCGCAUGGAGGAGGAGGCUGAAGGUGAAGCUGAGGAGGAGGAGGUGGAGAACUGAGGACGAGUCACAGCCGCCUCCGUCAGCAGCGUGGUGCGUUCAGGCGCCGCCCGGUCACCACAGCGCUGCUCCUGGCUCAGUGAGGAGGUCGUCUUCCAGCCCAAAGCACAGCGACGCCAACGUCCAAAUCAUCACCGCCCGACAUCUGUCCGUUAAUCCACACAAACACUGUUCGGUUCAACAGAAGGCUGCAGCAACGAUAACAGGUCAAAAGUUUCAGAAGCUCUCGGAUGUGAUGAACGGAGCUCAUAGACGGUAAACUCAAGGUUGGUUGGACUUGGAUCCGACAGAAUAUCUUGUUUUAGGCUUUAGAGACCAAACUGUCGAUUAACGCUGGAAAUAAUCUGCAGGUUGAUCAAUACUGGAAACAAGCAGCCUGCAGCAGUCGCUGAACACCUGAGAAACACUCGGACUGAAAAAUAGAAACGUGAACAAAAGAAGUUUAAAAAGUCGAACACGUUGGAUUAAAAAUGGGCUCAAAUUAAACCUGAAGCUUCUUCAGAGAACAGAGAGCUGCCAUCGGAUGCUGGUUUUGGUAGAAACUCGUUUCCCUCAGACGUAGAUUUGGACUCUUAGUUACCGAGUUCAUGAACAGAACUUCAUUCCCAGUGAAACUAGCUGCACUAGCGAACCGCUUUGUUCCUUUUCCGAUCAGUUUUUGACCCAUUUGUACUUUUGUAGACUUGUAUAUGACUGGCCCAGAUUUUCAAUAAAUAUUUUGUAUAAAAACUAAA